CCAUGCGUGACGGGCCGGGAAAUUUAGAGAGCGUCUGCUUUCUCCAUAGGUGUAGUGAAGUCAGAAAUCGGAUAAAAUGAUUUUUAUACAAAUGGGUAUAUUUUUAUGAAUAAUAUUGAAAAAUGAAUGAAGUCACCUGGUUUGUGUUUGUCUUUUGGAUGUUAAUUUUACCUGUAAUCAAAUGCCAAGAUGUAGGGUUAUUUCCAAAUAUCCUGAAUUUAGCAACAAGGUCUACCAUAACUGUAAAUGCUACUUGUGGAGAAGAAAAGAGUGAGGUUUUCUGUAAGCUUGUGGACCAUGUUAAAAUUUUCCCAUACAAGAACUCACACUGUGACAUCUGUGAUGCAAGGAGUCGAGAUGAAAGACGCCGUCAUCCCAUCACUAACGCCAUUAAUGGGAGGAACUCAUGGUGGCAAAGUCCAACACUAACCAAUGGAGCCCUGUAUAAUUAUGUAACAAUUACAUUGGACCUCAAACAGGUUUAUCAGGUAGCUUAUGUCAUAGUGAAAUCAGCCAACUCCCCUAGACCAGGAAACUGGAUUUUAGAGAGAUCUAUUGAUGGUAUCAAUUACCAGCCAUGGCAAUACUUCGGAAUCCGUAAUCGUGACUGUAAAAAAAGAUACGGUCUGAAGGCUAGUCGCAAAAUCCCAACCUACCUCAGAGAUGAUGAAGUCAUCUGCACAACAAAAUACUCAAAAAUCUACCCACUGGAAAAUGGAGAAAUUUUCAUAUCGCUUGUCAAUGGAAGACCAGGAGUAAAGAAACCCAGCCCGACAUUACUUGAGUUUACAUCAGCCCGCUAUAUCAGACUGAGAUUACAGAAGAUAAGGACACUCAAUGCUGACCUUAUGACCUUUAGGUCAACCAGUGACCUCAAGUUCAUAGAUCCAUUUGUUACCAGAAGGUACUUUUACUCAAUAAAAGAUAUUUCUAUAGGAGGGCAGUGUAUAUGCUAUGGUCAUGCAGCAACUUGUUCACCCAGACCCAAUACUGAUAGACUGUAUUGUGAAUGUAAGCACAAUACCUGUGGCAAUAACUGUGAGAAGUGCUGUGAAUUCUACUACCAAAAACCAUGGCAACCAGGAAACAGUGGCCUUAAAUGUGAAAGAUGUAAUUGUCAUGGACACUCUACUGAGUGUGUGUAUAAUGCCACAGUGGAUGCCUUGAAACUGAGUCUGAACACAGCUGGGGAGUAUGAUGGAGGUGGUGUCUGUAUAGACUGCAAGGACUAUACCACUGGAAUCAAUUGUGAGAAGUGUUUAGAGGGAUAUUAUCGUCCCCUAGGGGAAACACCAAACUCUCGCUUUCCUUGCCGACCUUGUCGAUGUGAGGUCACAUUGGGGUCAACAGGAAAAUGUAUUCAAGAUGACAGUCUGUUGAAUGAAGGAAAGAGACCUGGAGACUGUUUGUGUAAUGAAGGCUAUGGGGGACCAACAUGUCAGGAGUGUGCGUACGGCUACUAUGGUUACCCAUACUGUAAGCCAUGUCCAUGUAACAGUGCUGGAACACUGAAUUCACAGCAGUGCAGUGGAAAUUGUGUGUGCAAGGAGAAUGUUGAAGGCUUCAAGUGUGACCGGUGUAAGAGGGGAUUUUUUAACCUCCACAAGGACAACCCUGUAGGCUGUAUGUCAUGUUUUUGUUUUGGGGUGUCAUCUGUCUGCCAGGCAUCUAAUCUGGGCUUGAUCAAGAUUGGAGAAGGGGUGAGUGAUAUGUCUGAUGGAAUGAGUGGCUGGGCUGUAACCUCAGUAGACAUCAGUGGCUUCACAUAUUUUAUACAAAAAGAUGAGGAGGGAUGGUUAGUUUACAGGGCCUACCCUGCCAGUCAGAACUCUCUAAAUCCAGCCGAGGAUCUGGUGGUGUAUUACUGGCAGGCACCGCUUAAAUACCUAGGCAAUCGGUUGACAUCAUAUGGAGGAAAUCUGAAAUACACAGUGAAGUAUGAAACUGAUCGUACUGCACCUUACCAAAGACACAUGUAUGGAGUAGAUGUCAUUAUACAGAGUGGCAACAUGACAAUUGUGAACGGCAAGAGUUACCUGCGAGAAAAUAUUCAAGAGGAGAGAACUGUGACACUGAAUGAGUCAAGUUGGUUUCAAUUGGUGAAAAGUGACCGUUACGAGACUCUCCAGCCAAUCACAAAGAAAGAAUUCAUGCUCCUCCUAUUCAACAUAGAAAGGCUUCUAAUACGAGCUACAUACCACUCAGCACAAAAUGCUGUAUACUUACGGGAGGUGACUCUGGAUGCAGUGAGUGCCUUGUCCAAUAAGACCCAGACCCUGAAGACAGUAGAGAAGUGUUCCUGUCCCCGGGGAUUCCAGGGUCUCUCCUGUGAAGAAUGUGAGUCAGGGUACAGAAGAGUGGGUAACAAGCUCUAUGGAGGAAUGUGUUUACCUUGUAACUGUAACAACCAUGCAGAACGCUGUGACAUCACCACAGGAAAGUGUAUUAACUGUCUGCAUUUUACAAUGGGAGAAAACUGUGAUCAGUGUCUGCCUGGUUACUAUGGAGACCCCCGCCGAGGAACAGAGGAGGAUUGUAAACCAUGUGCCUGCCCACUUAGAGAACCAACCAAUCAGUUCUCUCCUACCUGUCAGCUGAUCCCGCAGGUGGGAAACUAUGACAAUUACAGGUGUGACAAGUGUGCUGUCGGCUACACGGGAGACAGAUGUGAAAGAUGUGCUCCUGGGUACUAUGGGGAUCCCACUGAAGUAGGUGGACUCUGUCGGCCAUGUACCUGUGGGGGAAACAUCGACACCAGCAAUCCUACAAGCUGUGACAGAAAGACGGGGGAAUGUUUGAAGUGUCUGAACAACACGGAAGGACCAACCUGUCACAGGUGUAAGGAUGGCUUCUAUGGUACAGCUAUUAAUGGGGACUGUACAGCAUGCAGUUGUGAUCUGAAUGGUUCAGUAAAUGGUUCUUGUGAGCAGUAUUCUGGGAGGUGUGUUUGUAAGGACAGGUUUUAUGGGAGGCGCUGUGACCAGUGUCAGCCUGGUUAUGGCAAUGUUGAGGAGGGUUGUGUGCCAUGUGAUUGUGACCCCCAGGGAUCACGGGGAUCAGUCUGUGACAGUUUUAGUGGACAAUGCUUCUGUAAUAUAGGCAUUACUGGUAGGAGGUGUGACAAAUGUCAGCCUGGAUUUUAUGGAUUUUCAGCCAGAGGCUGCAAGGACUGCCGCUGUAACAAUGAAGGAACAAAUCAGACAGCCCUUUGUGAUGAUGUCACAGGGGUCUGUAACUGUCUCCCCAAUGUCACAGGAUCUCGCUGCAAUAUGUGCAAGGAGAAUUACUGGGGUCUGGCUACAGGUAAUGGCUGCUCCCCUUGUGAAUGUGACAGACUUGGGGCAGUGUACCAACAGUGUGACCAGAGAACCGGUCAGUGUACCUGUAGAACCGGAGUGGAGGGAAAACAGUGUGGGAAAUGUAAACCAGGGUAUUACGGAUUCUCCAUCAACGGCUGCAAACGAUGUCAGCCCUGUAAUAAAGCAGGGCAUGUAUGUGAUCCCAUUACUGGUCAGUGUGUCUGUCCACCCCUUACUACUGGACCACAGUGUGGUGAAUGUCAACCCAAUACCUGGGGCUAUGACAGCAUCAAAGGAUGCAAGCCCUGCAACUGUAAUCUCCAGACCUCAGAAUCCAGACAGUGUGAUAGAAAUACUGGAAAGUGUACCUGUAAGGCUGACUUCACAGGUGACAGGUGUGACAAGUGCCUAACUGGAUUCUACAACCAUCCUAACUGUCAGCUCUGUCUGUGUAGUGCUGAUGGUACAGAGCCGAACAGUUGUGACAACUCUACAGGUGUCUGUCAGUGUGACAAUAGAGGACAGUGUCAGUGUAAGGAAAAUGUAGAAACUCGUACAUGUGGUCGAUGUAGACCAGGAUCCUUUAGUCUGCACAAAGCGAAUCCUUAUGGCUGCACUGAUUGCUUCUGUUUCGAGCGGUCAAAUAGGUGUGAGCAGGUGCCCUAUAUCUGGAAUAAGAUGGAAAUUCCAGAAAACAGUGUGUCAUUUGAUCCUCGGGUCACAAACAAGGUCACUUUAAAAUAUAAAUCCCAUGUUGUUAUCCCACAAAACUCCACCUGGGCUGCUGUACCAGAAUCCCUAGCAACCAAACCAAUUUACUGGAGCCUGCCAGCUAGUUAUCUAGGUGAUUUGACCUUGUCUUACAAUGGGAAGAUGAGGUUUAGUGCUCAGUUCAGAUCAGACAGUGGACCUCCAACUCGAGUAGAUGAAAGUCCGGACAUUGUAGUGGUGGGAAAUAGGUUCCAGAUGACUCAUAACACUGGUACACCAUGGUCACCUAGAGGAGAGAGGUCCAUCUCCGUCAAGUUCCACCCAACUUUAUGGAGAGUGGUUGGUUUUGGUAAUGCCACCAGAAGUUUGAUGAUGAUUGUGCUGCAGAAUGUUACAGAUAUUUAUAUAAAGGCCACUCAGGAUGACCAAGCUAGAUCUGCUGUGUUGACUUCUGUAUCACUGGACAGUGCCCAGCCAGGGAAUGGUAGUACAGAAAACCCAGCAUUAGGAGUGGAGAUUUGUCAGUGUCCACAACAGUACUCGGGACUUUCUUGUCAGGAUCCAGCAGAGGGCUACUAUAGACUGAAGCACAAUUCCACCAUAGAUCUGUCUUAUCCAAUCCGUGUAAUCGGAGAGGUGGUACCUUGUAACUGCCACAGGCACUCGGACAUCUGUGACAGGAAUACAGGAGUGUGUAAGAAUUGUCAGCAUAACACAACAGGAAGUCAGUGUGAGAGAUGCUUGCCUGGUUUCUAUGGUGAUGCGACCAGAGGUUCACCUGUUGACUGUCAACCCUGCAUCUGUCCUAGCAUUGACAACAAUUUCAGCAGCACCUGUGAAAUUCGCCGAGGCCAACUUUACUGCACAAAUUGCACUGAAGGAUAUAUUGGUACAAGAUGUGAAUCAUGUGCAGAAGGUUACUAUGGAAACCCACGACAGACAGGGGGUAAGUGUCGGCCAUGUGACUGUAAUCCGGAGGGAUCCGUAUCUUCCUUAUGUAAUGCUCGUGGACAAUGUCAGUGUCUUCCUGGAAUAACAGGGGAGAAAUGUGAUGGAUGUCAGCCAAGAUAUGCUGUAGAAGAUGGGAAAUGUGUUUCAUGUGAUGAGGGCUGCACGGCUGACCUGAUGAGGGAACUAGAUGACCUAGAAAACAUGACCAGUCAAGUGAACUUAACUGGAAAGCUCCCUGUCCCAUGGACCCAGCUCUGGAAAAUCAAGAAUGAAACAGAAUUACUCAAGGAUGAGUUGGAGACGAUAAGGAAUGCAGAGCUGGAUCAUUUGAGGAAUCAGACAAAUGACCUUGUGAGGGAUUCACAGGACUUACUCACCAGAUCCAGGAGAGCUAAGCUUAAAGCUGCCCCACUGGAGGAUAGAGCUGCUACCCUGAAGAAGAAUGCUACAGACCUGGAGGCAGAUCUUAAUGACACAGUCAGGGACAUGAAAGAAUUUGUGGAUAAGCUAGUGGAUGUUGUUCAGGGUCUUGUCCAUAACAAAAGUGGAAUAAAUGUCACUGAUGCCUUGGAGAAAGUGAGGGCCAUUUUAAAGGACAUCAAAGGCAGAAAUUUUUCAGGGAACCUGGAGAGGGCACUCAGAGAGAAUAAACUGGCUGAGAAAUUAUCAGAGGAAGUGUUGGAAAUGAGGAACAAACUUGUGAACACAUCGGGAGUUAUGGAGGAAAUUCAGGCCAUAAUGGAUAAACUUCAAGACCUUCAGAAACAUUCUAAUGAAUCUCACAGGCAGUCAGAUGAAGUGUUUAGAAUGUUGAGUAACAUUCUCAGAAUUCAAAAUAAAACAGAGGAUGUGUUGGUUGAUGUAGACCUAGUCCAUGAUGAUACAGUUAAAAUUUUGGGAGACGGCCAUCAACUCAACAUUGAAUCAGCAGGGGUACUAGACAAAGCCAAGGAAAACAUCAAAGAUGUAGAAAGAAAAGCAAGCAUCUUUGACCAAAUUUUGCCAGAACUUAGAUCAAAAGUCAAUAACACAAGAAGUCAGCUUCCUGGGACUGAGGCCAAAGUCAGAGCAGCAGAAAGUCAUGCAAGAGACCUGUCAAAGUAUGCUGAACAGCUGGAAAGGGAGUUUGAGAAAACGAAGGCAGAUGCAGCUGACCCUCUGAAGGCUGCUCAGGUUUACGGCAAUAUUGUAAAGGCUGUCAAUGAGGCAGAGGAAGCAGCCAAACGAGCCAUCAAAGCCGCAGAGGAAUCAAUCAAAAUUGCAGGGGUGAAGAACAUCACAGAUGAGGUGUCGCGCUCACUUAACAGGAGCAGAGAACUGCAAAGACAAGCCAAUAAAACACUGAGUAAAGUCCCAGGUUUGGACAAGCAUUUGAGUGUUUUGAAUGAGGAUUUGCUUCACGUGGAAGAAGAACAAAGCAAAAUCAGACAAGGCCAAUCUGAUAUCAAGGAUGCUCUAAGACAGCUACCUAAAGACCUCAGUGACAGAGCUAUGAAGAUUUCUAAAGAUACUGACAAGACAUCAGAGGAAUUAGAAUCUCUGGAGGAAACUGUAGGAAAUAUUGACAGCAACAUAAAGAAAGAUCUUAUUCCAAAGCUAAACCAAAUUCAAGAUGUGCAGUUUGAUGGCAUAUUUGAAAACAUAGAGAAUUCAAUUGACACAGCAAAGGCAAACAUACAGCAAAUAAGUGCCAUUGUUGAUGGGGUUGAGUCAGCUGCUAACAGAACCAUGACUGCCGAGUCCAGACUCAACGAUAAACUCAAGAUGCUGAGAGAUAACAUCAAACAAGCUCGUGCUCAAGCUGAGAAGGUGAAGGUGUCACUCUCUUCCAAUGGGCAGUGUGUGAGAUCCUAUUUCUCCAAGUCCACUGCUGGUGUCACCAAUAAAAUUACCUUUUCCUUUAAGACAAACAAAGCGACAAACAACCAGAUCUUUGUGUUGCUGCAAAAGUCUCCCACAGAGUUCCUUGCAGUGGAGAUGAUCAGUGCAAAGAUCCGAUUUUUAUGGAAUGUUGGAGCAGGCAUUGGUAGUGUCACAAGUGAUCUUCCCAUUCAGAAUGAGGCCAACUUUAUCAAAACUGUAGACAAGUGGUACCAUGUCAAAGCUGAAAGACGUGGUCAUAUAGGGACAUUGGAGGUCAGUAAACUGUCCAAUGGGAAGACUGUGAAAACAAUGAAGGGAUUCUCUCCUGUUGGUCGCUCUUUUCUGAAGCUGGAUGAAAACUCAGAGCUUUAUGUGGCUGGUUUGCCAUAUGGCAUAAAUAGGUCAGAAGAACUGGGAAGCACAGCAAACUUCUCUGGGUGUAUGAAUGAAAUGUACAUUGAUGAUCAGAAAAUAGGACUUCAUAACUUCAAGACAAACAGUCAGCAAGGUUGUGGAGGCUGCAGGAAUGUGCCUACAGUUACUGUGGUAGGGGCUAGCACCUUUCACUUCAAUGGUUUGGGUUAUUCAGCCAAACCUCAGAUAAGGAACUACAGAAGUACCGAGUUUUACGUCAAAAUGGAGUUUAAGACGUUCUGGAGGGAUGCCAUUUUACUGUUCACUGGAAAUAACAAAACUGGAGAUUUUCUAUAUGUUGGUUUACAAGAUCAGAAAGUGGUUCUGCAGAUCUAUACUGGUGGCGAGAGUUUUCUGUCAAUUUCCAGCAAUUUCUCGUAUAACGAUAACAAAUGGCAUAACAUCGUAGCCCAGAGACAACUCCUGACGGCUUCCCUUCAGAUUGACAAUUCAGACAUGCAGCUCUUGACAGCUCCAGGAAGUAACACAGGGUUAGAGUUGAAAGGGAAGAGACUAUAUUUUGGAGGAAUUCCUGAAAGUUAUGAUCUACAACCUUUUUUGAAAUGGGGAAGUAUUAAGAGAACUGGACUUUUAGGCUGCCUUCGCCGAGUCCAGAUGGAUAUUGAUAACCAGGAUCUUCUGACUGGAGAAACUGUAGGGGUCACCAGUGGGUGUCCAGCAGAGGGUUACAAAACGAUUGCAUUUUAUGGAGAUGGAUUUGCAAAGUAUAAGGCAGCUAGCUUGUCAACAGAUAAAGCUGAUCUUUCUCUGUCCUUUAAAACAUUGGAAAAAAAUGCCCUUCUCUUGCUAGCCUAUGAUAAUGAUCAAAGGAACUUCUACUCUAUAGUACUGACUAAUGGUAAAGUUGAAGGAAGUUUUAGUACCAACAGUCUUCCCAAAAAAAUUACAACAUCCAAAACUUUUAAUGAUGGACAUUUGCACAAUGUAGCCAUCCAGAAAGUUGGAGAUAGGAUUACCAUGUACAUAGAUGAUGAGGCCCAGUUAGAUGAAGUCAUACUAAUUAGGAAUGAAAUCAAUGUAGAUCAUCUGUAUGUAGGAGGAAUCAUCAACUUCAACUUUCCUCAGGGGCAGGCUAUGGUAGCCACCACUCAGGGGCUGGAGGGAUGUGUCAGUGAUAUUAUCAUCAAUCAAGAAAUUUUGAACUUGAACACACCUCUCCAGUUUGAAAGAGCAGAUAUAGGAAGGUGUAGAUUCUCAACCAAUCAAAAUCCACAAGGCAUUCAAGAUACACAAACCACAAAAUCACCACCCACCACCACAACUAAGGCAGCCAUCACAACCAUCAAAGCUGUCACCUCAACUAUUUCUCCAAAUUCCUGUGCAAAGACUCCAGAUUUACAGCAAAAUCUUCUGUCUCUGAUAUUUGGGAAUUCAGAGAACAGUCAUGGGAAAGUGAUACUUGAUCCAGCAGAGGUUCAGGAAUCGUUUCAGAUCUCCUUCGACUUUCGUACAUUUUAUGAUGAAGGAGCGGUAUUUCUAUUGACCAAUAAAAACUACACAGAGUAUGUGGCAGCACAAAUAAAAGGUGGAUCUGUUGUCGUGUUCUGGACAAAUAAUGGAGGAAAGGCCAAAAAAUUUGUCUCCUCUAAAGUGGUGACAGAUGGAAAGUGGCACACAGCUGUUGUUUCAAAAGACCGCCGCCGCAUCAGUCUGGAGGUGGAUGACAAGGUGGAAAUGGACAGACGGAAGAUCACCAAGAAAUUAUCCAUAACCUCUCCUCUCAUUGUGGGAACCAUUGUGAAUUAUACUUCUGUCAAUAAUAAGGACUUGGUAAAGCACAGUCUGAGGGGCUGUUUAAGGAACUUCAUUGUAAACACUCGGAGUAUAAUGAUAGCUGAUGCCACUCAUGUACAAGGUAUCACAACUUGUUACAUCAAUAUGGAACCUGGGGUGUUCCUGGAGGAAAACUCAUAUGGAAUCAUAGCCAGUAAGUUUGUAGUUGGUCGAGAAAUGAAGAUUGAGUUAGAAUUCCGUACUCACAAACCCAAUGGUAUUAUUCUGUCUAUCACUGAUAACCACGCAGUCACACUGGAGCUGCAUCAGGGAAAGGUGAAGUUCUCUGUGUUUAAUGUGGCCCUAUUCACAGCAGAGUCUGAAGAUUCAGUAAAUAUUUGUAAUGACCAGUGGCACUCCCUGGAGGCCACACUGAUUGGAAAUGUGGUGAAGCUGGUCCUGGAUGGUGGCGACCCUCAGUAUGGGAGCAGCCAGGAUACAUUCAGGAAUGUGACCACUUCCUCUGCUUUGUAUGUGGGAGGGGUACCAGAUUAUGCAGUGACACAGAUUGCCUCUUUCAACCAGAAAGAUGGAGCACCAGAAGGAUUUGAGGGCUGUCUACGUAAUUUCAAAAUAAACUCCACGCCUGUAGACUGGUUCUCUUUAGUAGAACAGGAAAACAUUCAGCGAACUGGAUGUCCUUAUUAAAGUUUUGGAAUUAAGCUUAUAUUAUUUUUGUAUUUUAAAUAAACUUUUACCUCAGCCCUUUAUACCCUCUCUAUAGGUAGGUGUCUUUAAUAGUGCUAAAUACCUACUUGGAUUCCAUUUAUAUCUAUUAAUGAUUGGAUAACUUCAGGUGUAAUUUUACUAUAAAUCAAGAUGUGACAAUCGAAUAUGUAUCCUGAAAUGUUUGUUGAGCAGUUUUUACAAUGGAUAUUUCAUUGAAAUGCUGAUUUGCACCACUUCAGUAUAAAAGGCAAAUAGCCAUAUAUUUUUUUACAUACUACAUACCAUUUUAAAUAUCAUUAAGAGCACAUGUCAGGCUUUAUGAGAUCUUACAUUUGCUGGAUCUGAAAUGCAAUGUAUUUUAAUGGUGCUAAUUUUGUACAACAUUUGUGAUUCUGUACGUAAUUUAUAGCUGUGUUUAAUUGUUGUGAUUCGAUUUAUUGUGAUCUCUAAAUGUUUAUGAAAUGAGAGUGUUAUAAGUGUCAUGUCCAUUUUUGUAUACCUGUGUAUACCGGUAAUUACUUAUUUAAUGGAGCGUUUCGGUCUGUUUAUGAAUUUGUAUGAUUAUGCAUGAAUUAUGAUAUACUGUAAAUGUCAGUUAAAUCCCUGUGUUGAUUUUUGACUCACACAAUAUGUUCUAAGUGAAUAAGUUUGAUGACUUUAUUGUAAAUUAAUUAUCUUUAAUUUAUACAGUAAAAAAAUUCUUUUGUUUUUAAAAGAAUUGCAGGUUGAUAUUGAGCAGUGUUGUGCUCUUUGUAUACAAUAAAUGCUUUAAUUAAUAAA